UCAAUGUUCGAGAUGAAUCAUUUAAUUGACAUAAAAAGAGAAUAAAACAUAGGCGCGCGCAGGUAUUGAAUUUCUCUUCGAAUUUCCAAUAUCGAUAUCAGAGUGAGCGUAUCGAGCACUCAAUCGGUGUGUAGGAAACAUGGUACAUGUACUAAGUUAGUUGUAAGCACUUCUUCCAUCGGGUUUAAAAGUAGCUCUUUCUGUGGCACGCACUCAUUUGAACUCAUGAUGCACCUUAUUCGUGCUCAUAUUCAGUCAGUUGUAAAAUUUAUUAUGCCAAUAUUACACAUUAGAGAUAUGUUUCAUUGUUGCGUAAUCAUAUUCUUCCCGCUGCGACCAAAUGUAUUCCACGUGAACGCUUUUGAAAGUCUUGUUGCAAUCUAAUAUGGCGUAUUCUAAAUAUCGAAAAAUCCUGUUCGUUUGUCGAGGGAAUACUUGUCGGUCUCCCUCCGCUAAAGCGAUUUUAAGGCAUCUUUUACAGGAACGUGAAGAUAGGAACGAAUGGGAGAUUGACAGCGCUGGAACUCUUGGUUUUCGUGAAGGACUCUUAUCGGACGAACGGGGGUUGCAAGUGUUGAAGAAACAUGAAAUUACUAGCAACCACCGAGCAAGACAAGUAAACGAGGAUGAUUUUCGUCGUUUUGAUGUAAUAUUGGCCUUUGAUGAGAGCAAUGUGCGAGAUCUGAAUGAAACUUUUAAGCCAAAUGAUGGCACUGCGCAAGCGGAGGUUAAACUGUUUGGCACAUAUGAUCCUAAAGGAGAGUUGAUAAUACGUGAUCCUUACUAUGGAGACAUUUCAGAUUAUGAAAUGAUGUUCGAUCAUGUUUACAGAUGCUGUGUGGAGUUUUUGAAACAGUGUUAGAGAAAGACUUGAUGAUGUUUCAAACACUGGACCAGUAAUUUAGCUUUUUAUUUUUACACACUGAAAAGGAAAUGCUCAAUUCCAAGCGUUUGUGGUGGGUGCAAUGUGGAUAUCUCAAAACCGCAACACCGUGAAACAAGAACAUCAACGCCGCAAUAUGUUUUGUAUCCAUGCAUGAUUAAACACACACACGCACACACAACUGAGUAUAUAGCAAAGCCAUUCUACGUUUUGGAAUGAAUAGUGCACUAAGUUUAUUAAAGGGCUUGAACUAGCGGCCGAUUAAAGGAUAAAGUCCGGUCACAUUGAAAAGGUCUUGUUAGGUCAAAUCCUUGGAUAGCACAGUCUAGACGGUUUUUCAUGCCUGUGAAGCAAAAUUUAAUGCAGAGGUUCAGGUUUAAAAUGUUAAAGGUUCGACAUUAUUUGCGUUUGUGAAUAAAAGGGAUAAAGACCGAAUGAGAUACUACCAGACCAAUAAUUUUUACUUUAUUUUGUCCGCGAAUCAGUGGGUAUUCAUAAAUAGCGAUGUAAAUUCGUAUGUUUUGUUUGCUUGUAUUUGAUUGACGUCGCGUGACGUGACGUGAAAAGAAUAACAAUGCCUCUCAGUUUUUGUAUUAAAACAUAUUACGAUUUAAGCUUAUAUUGUAUCGGAUAUAACCAUCGGGCAUGAAUUCUAUUAGUAAAGGUUUCUUGAUGUAUACUCGCAUCAGGUAGCUUGUA